AUGGCGUUUCGAAGAUGGCACAGCUCGCUGCCAUCGCUCGGCCGCCUCGGAGCAGCUGAAGUGCAACCUUCUGGGUCCAGGCUUGCUCCAAGGCCGUCCGUUGGUUCCAACUUGGCGCUGUCGGCAGGUGUGCCCGACUUCCUCGCACCGGCACUCACGCAGGGUCCGACCCGCCAGCACAGGCCAUAUGCGUCGACAUCUGCAGCUAGACCUUUCUCCAUAGAAUACACGGCGCCUCAGACUGUCCCUAUCACAACGCGAUCACCUCAAUUGCUCGACGUAGCAAGGCUUGUUCCAGACCAGACCGACUUUAGCUCGUUCUUCGACACCGAAGCCUCCACCAUUGGCUUGGCCAGCGCCAUGGCUCCACUCGAAGCGGCCCGGGACGAACAAGAAGUCAUUCGAGCAGCCGAUCAGAUCUACAAACAUCCGCUUCUCGUGCAAGAACGGCGGCGCGCCAAGCGCCUCCACAAGAAGGGCACGCCUCCGGACGAAACGUGGUCGUGCAAGCUUCCAUGCAACGAGCACUUUGUGCUCAGUCUGUUCAGCACCGCAUUCAGCAUCACCAAAGCCAGUGGCAAGGGCGACGUGCAAGCAAUGAGCUGGACCAUCACCCGCACCCUGCAGGCCAUAGCGCAAGCUGCUCAUGCAACUUCCCUCUCUCCGGCCUUCCUGUGCGAACUCGCUGGUCACGCGCGCGCCGAAGCGGCCAGAACGACGCUCAAACUGCUACUCACCAUGAUCGACGACCGCCUCGCGUCUGCCCCCGCGCCCAACGCCCAACUCAGCCUUUCGGAUCGUGACCAUCUUUCCCGCACCCUACGACGCCUCAUGAUGGCCUUCUCCGAACUCGGCGACUUUGACCGCACGCAGAAAUGCUUUGAGCUGCUCCAGAAGCAUGCGCUCGACACCGACAUUCGCACGUUUCAGUCCGAGUUCAUCGCGCUCUGUCAAAAGGUGCGGGCGCGCUCCGAUCACGCGGAUCCGAAGUGCAUCGCCAACAACCUCGAGUAUCUCCAGCAGCAAUUGCUCCUGCUGAAACGCCAGAUGGACGAACGCGACAUUGCGAUGGAUGACACGUUUCUCGCCACCAUCGUGCACUCGUUCAGUGCGCCGUUGCGCACCCACAGCGCUGCGUCCAUGUCGCGCGACCAGGUGGCCGCCAUGUUGCAGGUGGUCCGUGCCAUCGCGGCGCGUUCAAUGGACUCUGCCGCCGAAUCAGCCACUUCGCCCCGGCUCUUUGGAGCCAUUGUGCAGGCCGAGAUCGAUGCAAUGGCACACCUCCGCACCCAAGGGCGCUCGCGUUUGCAGCCGCCUCGCCGCAUAAGCACGCUGAUGCACGAGCUUCGCACGAGGAAGCGUCCGCGCACCAGGAGGAUGGUCGGCAUGCACGACCGCAAGCAUGUCGACGAAUGGCAACUCACCGAGCUUUUCCUGCGUCUGCGUCUUGCGGCUGCUUUGGGCGACAUGAGCACGGGGAAGGAGCUGCUCCGCGAGCUGCUCGCGAUCAAGUCGCUCCAGCCAUCCACACCGAGCGCGAGGGAUCUGCUCAUCAAACAACGCAGCUCGGUCGUGGCCCUCUUCUCGGCAGCGAUGCGACGUCGGCCUUUCACUUCCGAUGGGGACGAGGCGCUCGCCGUACUGCGCAUCGGAUUCGGCUGCAGCAGUACCGACUUUCACGAGGUGUGGACAGGUGUGCAGCGACCCGCCAACUUCAAGCCAAAGUCGAGCGACGAUGCUUGGCAACCCUCCAUCACCGUCCUUCGGCUGUGGCGAAGGUGGAUGGGUGCAUGGCGCGAGGAUUCCAUCGCUCACAGUCAGCGGACCGAUCCCGGGACACUUUCGCACGUGUCUGAUGACGCUUCCGAGCAUAUGGCGGUUGGAGGGACGUAUGCAUUCAAGAAUCCAUGGCGUACGAUGAAGGACGCCUUGACGAUCCUCGACAUCAACCUGACGCACUACGAACAGCGCGAUUCGCAGCAGGAUCGGCGGGCACGACGUCGAUUCGCAUGGCUAUUUCGAGACAAGGUUGUGCUGGACAGUGUUGUGCGCGUGUGUCUCACAGGGGGACGCAGGCGCAACGGUGUUGGAAUGGACCGUUUCGUAGACCGACGCUUGGACGUUCUGAUCCGCACCCUGGCGCGUGUCGAUGCACCUGCCCGUGUCUGGGAACGCCUGGAAGCAUCCAUGCUCCACCACCUCUCGCGCAUCGACCCCACGGUCAUGCCGACGGAAAGAGUCGUGCUCCAGUUUGACCAGAUCAAAGCCCUCAAACGCAAAGCCUUGCUGCGAAAUACGGAUCUCCUCAAGGCUUAUCGCGACCAGCAACAUCAGCCGCAACAUCCCCUCGAAACAGGCUCCGUUACCGUCCUCCGACACAUGCUCAACCAGCAACACCAACAGCCCCACCCCAACCCUCAGCCCGCCAUCCAACCCUGCCUCACCUAA